AUGAAGGGCGAACUACGAGUGCUUUUAACUAAACGUUCAAGGACAUUGAGGAGCUUCUCGGGUGAUGUUUCAUUUCCUGGCGGUAAGGCUGAUUUUAUCCAAGAAACAUUUGAAAGCGUAGCCAGGAGGGAAGCUGAAGAGGAGAUCGGAUUACCACACGAUCCCGAGGUCUUGCAUAAGGAGUUCGGAAUGAGACUAGACAAUUUAGUUAUGGAUAUGCCAUGCUACCUAUCAAGAACAUUUUUGAGUGUUAAGCCAAUGGUGUGUUUUCUUUACAAAGAUAAGCUAGAAAAAGGUGAGGAUAAAUACGAAGUUCCCUUAGACAUCUGUAAGUUUUUUGGUAAGCUUAAUCCUGGGGAAACAUCUUCUUUAUUCUCUGUGCCACUCAAUGACUUAAUCGUACAUCUUCUUCCUGAAGGAGAUGAAGAUGUUAAAAAUUAUCGAGCAGAGUAUUUUGAGCGGAAGGAGUAUAAACUUAAUUGGGGUGGAAUAAGAUGGUUGAUCAUGCAUUAUCAUUUCCAUGUAGCAAAUAUAAACGAAAUGCCAUGGUUGCAAAUCAUAGAAGAUUUAUCAAGUUCAGACGAAGACGGCGUUGAUGGGGCCAUUUUCAGAUUCAGGGACUUAUGGGGAUUGACAUGCAAAAUGUUAUUUGAUGUUUCAUGUAUAGCUAACGGAUUAAUGAACGAAAAGUUGAAAAGAGAACUAGGACACGAAGAUUUAAUAGUUGGACUGCACGACUAUGGUAAUCAAAUGCAACCAAGCGGAAGAAGUGAAUGGGAAGUUGGUAUGAUCAACGGUGACAGGAAGUUAAAAUAUAGCGAUGUGAUUCCUGAAUACUAUAUGAAACACCUGCUAGAGCGCCGGUCCCUUUGGUAA